AUGGAGUUCACCAUCGCCCUGUGGGUGCAAGUCCUGGCAGGUUCCUCUGUUGCUUCAGAGGUUGCUUGGUCCGUGGAAGUCUGGCAGCCGCCAGCGCUGCGGGUCUGUGGACCUUUGCCUUCAUCUCUGCUGUUCUCCCCAGCAGCUCCAUCCGCCGCGGGCACCGCUGCGGCAGCGCCAGCUCCUCCUCCUGCUGCUCCUUCCCCAUCUCUGGCUCCGGUUCUCCCGCUGGAGCCCCCCGGCCCCGCUGCCCCCCCGGCCCCCAUCUCCCCGCCCGUGGUCCCAGCCGGGGCCAUCCCGGUGUUAUCGGUGCCCCCCCCGCUCCCUGCCCCGGCUCCUCAGCUCCCGGUUACUGCUCUCCCCGCUCCAGCUCCACGGUCCCCGGGGGGAUUUGGAGCCCCAGGGUCUCCAGGGCCAGCCCCCCCUGGCCCAGUGCCAGCUGCUGUGGCUGCUGCUCCUGCUGCCACCACCGUGUGCCCCCCAGCCCCUCCGGCCAGCCCCGGUUCUCCUCCGGCUGCCAGCCCUGGGGCAGCUCCAGCUGCUCCUCUCCCACCUCCUUCCCUGCCCCUUGUGGCCUGUCCCCUGCCAGGGUCUGCCAUGCUCCUGCCUGCUGCUGCUGUGCCCCCCAAGGCUGCAGCUUGCCCCCAGAGCCCUGGCACCCCCCCGCCUCCCGCAGCGGCACCAGUGUCCCCUGGCAGCCCUGUCCCUGCCUCUCCCCUGCUCCCCCUCACCCCUACCCACCGCCCAGCCCUGGCUGGGGCCAUCUCUCCUCCUCUCUUCUUGGCUGCCCCCAUGGCCCUGGCCCCCUUGUCACCCCCUGUCCCUCUGUUGCCAGCUGGGAUGUCUCCUGGCAGUCCUGCUGCUGCCCCACAGGGCACAACCCCUGGGAGUCCAGGCCCUCAGGUGGCAGCAGCCACUGCCCCUGCCCCAUCCUCACCAGGAGCUGCCAUAGGUCCCUCAGGGCCACCGCCAGCUGCAGCUGCCUUGGCCAAAGCAGCUCCUCUGCCUGCUGCCCUCUUGGCCCCUGCCAGCUCCCAGCCUGUCACACCAGCGAUGCCAGCUCCUGCCACCCCUCCUGCAGCCAAAGCAGCUCCUUUGAGCCCUGCUGCUGCUCCCUUGGCCCCUGCCAGCUCCCAGCCUGUCACACCAGUGAUGCCAGCUCCUGCCACCCCUCCUGCAGCCAAAGCAGCUCCUUUGAGCCCUGCUGCUGCUCCCUUGGCCCCUGCCAGCUCCCAGCCUGUCACACCAGCGAUGCCAGCUCCUGCCACCCCUCCUGCAGCUAAAGCAGCUCCUUUGAGCCCUGUUGCUGCCCCCUCUGCUAGCUCCCAGCCUGGCACACCAGCGAUGCCAGCUCCUGCCACCCCUCCUGCAGCCAAAGCAGCUCCUUUGAGCCCUGCUGCUGCUCCCUUGGCCCCUGCCAGCUCCCAGCCUGUCACACCAGCGAUGCCAGCUCCUGCCACCCCUCCUGCAGCCAAAGCAGCUCCUUUGAGCUCUGUUGCUGCCCCCUCUGCUAGCUCCCAGCCUGGCACACCAGCGAUGCCAGCUCCUGCCACCCCUCCUGCAGCCAAAGCAGCUCCCUCGAGCCCUGCUGCUGCCCCCUCUGCCAGCUCCCCACCUGUCAUACCAGCGGUGGCAGCUGCAGCCACCCCUCCUGUGGCCAAAUCAUCUCCCAUGAGCCCAGCCCCUGCCACUCCAGCUCCUGUGGCUCCAUCAGCUCCAGCUGCCCCUCCUGCAGCCAAAUCACCUCCUUUGAGCCCUGUUGCUGCCCCAUCUGCAUCUCCAGCCGCCCCUCCAGUAGCCAAACUGGCUCCCACAAGCCCUGGCACUGCUCCCUUGGCCACUGUCACACCAGUUCCAGCUGCCCCUCCUGCAGCCAGAGCAGCUCCCUCGAGCCCUGGCACUGAUGCCCCCAGCCUCACUGCUGCUCCUUUGGCUGCUGCCACUCCAGCUCCAGCAGCUCCAGCUGCCCCUCCAGCAGCCAAAGCAGCUCCCUCAAGCCCUGUUGCUGCUCCUACAGCUGCACCAGCUCCAGCUGCUCCUCCAGCAGCUGAAGCACCUCCCAAAAGCUCUGUCACUGCUCCCUCCAGCCCUAUUACUGCUCCCUUAGCUGCUGCCACUCCAGCUCCUGCAGCUCCAGCCACUCCUGCAGCCAAAGUAGCUGCCCCAGCUCCAGCUGCCACUCCAGCAGCCAAAGCAGCUGCCCCAGCUCCAGCUGCUGCUCCUGCAGCCAAAGCAGCUGCCCCAGCUCCAGCUGCCCCUCCUGCAGCCAAAGCAGCUGCCCCAGCAGCUGCCCCAGCUCCAGCUGCUCCUCCUGCUGCCAAAGCAGCUGCCCCAGCUCCAGCUGCCCCUCCUGCAGCCAAAGCAGCUGCCCCAGCUCCAGCUGCCCCUCCUGCAGCCAAAGCAGCUGCCCCAGCUCCAGCUGCCCCUCCUGCAGCCAAAGCAGCUGCCCCAGCUCCAGCCGCCCCUCCUGCAGCCAAAGCAGCUGCCCCAGCUCCAGCUGCUCCUCCUGCAGCCAAAGCAGCUGCCCCAGCUCCAGCUGCCCCUCCUGCAGCCAAAGCAGCUGCCCCAGCUCCAGCUGCUCCUCCUGCAGCCAAAGCAGCUGCCCCAGCUCCAGCUGCUCCUCCUGCAGCCAAAGCAGCUGCCCCAGCUCCAGCUGCUCCUCCUGCAGCCAAAGCAGCUGCCCCAGCUCCAGCCACCCCUCCUGCAGCUAAAGCAGCUGCCCCAGCUCCAGCUGCUGCUCCUGCAGCUAAAGGGGCUUCCAAGAGCCCUGUCACUACCACUCCAGCUGCUGCAGCUCCCCCAGCUCCAGCCACCCCUCCUGCAGCCAAAGCACCCCCCAAAAGCUCUGUCACUGCCCCCUCCAACCCUGUUGCUGCUCCCUCAGCUGCUGCCCCCCCAGCUCCUGCAGCUGCCCCAGCUGCUGCUGCCCCUCCUGCAGCCAAAAAGCCCCCAAAGAGCAGCCGAGUGCCUCCCUCUGCAGCAUCCCCUCCUGUGGCUAAAACACCUCCCAAGGGCCCUGCUGCAGCCACACCAGCUCCAGCAGCCCCUGCCCUGGCUGCUGGGACCCCAGGGGUUCCUGGUGCCCCCCCAAAGCCAUCAGGUGAUGGUGCCACCACCCCUGCUCCCCCGAAACCAGGGUCUGGUGCUCCUGGUGCUGCCCUGGCAGUUAACCGCCCACCGCCAGCUUCUUCACCCAGCGCUGCCCCUGCCAAGAAGCAGACCCCCCCAAGUAAGGUUGCCAAGCUGGCCCCUCGGCCCCCCCCCUCCAAACCCCCUUCGAAGGCCCCAGCCCCCAGCAGCCUUGACGACGACGACGACCUGCCGCCUCUGCUGCCCCCUGAGCUGCCACCCAGCGAGCCCCUGGCACAGCCCAUCCUGGUGGACAUCUCUGCCCGAGCGGCCGCAGUGCCCACCGAGGCCUCGGCUCCUCUGGCUAAGCCUGCCCUGAAGAACGAGAAGGGUACUUGGCACCUUGGUUUGCCGUGUGCAUGGCGUGUCAUUGGCUGCCACUGGAUACUAACCAUAGACGGAGCCCUUGGCAUGUCAGGCUGUGGCAGUGCCACAGCAGAGCCCGGCCUGAGCCAUGCCCGAGCCAGCCGGACCUGCCCGCGCAGCUGGUGAGCUGGGGGGACAGAGAGGGCAGGCGCCGGGCAGCUGGGGCUGGGCACGGUGCAGGCCAGCGGGUGGGUGGCACUAACGCC